CUUCCAUCAGCACCUGAGCAACCUCCAACACAAAAAAGCUAGCUUUGAUUCGCCUCCCAAAUCUUCCAACAAAGCAAAACAGCAACCUCCUGCGGCUUUUUUUCUUCUAGCUGUGUGCCCACGUAUAACAUAUAGCUAGCAGGCUGAAAAUGCAGGAGAAGAAGUUUGAUGUGGCUCGUAGGGCAUUAAAUAUCUUGCGUUUAGCAUUGUUAUGGGCACGAAAGGGAGGAGUCUUCAAACGCCGCCUCAUGGUGGAGCUACGUCUUCUGCCCAAGUUUAUUCGAAGCCUUGCUCACAGCUCUCGGCGCGAUGAUCGAAUCCAUUAUACUGAGCGCGAGCUCUCUUUCGACGAGACCCCCAUUUUCCACGUCAAAAUGCACCGACCACGCCGCUUGCGGUUCCACCUGCCUAACAUUCCAUGCAUUACCCCACAAGUUGAUUUCGACUACGAUUUUGCUGCUGGUGAUGAUAAUGAUGAUGUUUAUGACUAUGAUCAUGGUGAGAGGAAGAGUUUUCUUAUGGGUGGAACUGAGGAGGAAGAUGAAGAUCAAGAGGGUAGCUAUGAGGUUUGUGAAGAAGAAGAGGAAGAUGGGAUUGAUUUGAGAGCCGAAGAGUUCAUUGCUAAAUUCUAUGCGCAGAUGAAACUGCAGAGACAGAUUUCCUAUUUGCAGUACAAAGAGAUGGAAAAUAGAGGCACAAGUUAAUUAAAAAAAAAAAAAAGGUCACAAAUUAAUCACACGGUUCAUGAAGAAUUUACUUCAUUUGUGCAGAAUAAAGUUUUACUUCCAUUCUUGCUACAAGAAUUUGCAGUUUCUUUUUGUUUUAAAGAUAUAUAUUCACUCAGAGAUCAUCACAUUGCAGCCGUUUUGUAACCAAGUAUCAGCAAACUUUCAUCAGGGAUUGAAUGUAUACGAAUUUAUAAAUAAGCAGCAGAGUUCAAUUCAUAGA